CUUCACAGCUGCAUCAUAAACCAUUCGAUUGUCUUCUCUUUUCUCCGCCGAAUCACAUCACCUUUUUAACCUAAUCAUCAUCAUCAUCAAUCAAUCCGUAUGUGUGGUUGUUAAGGGAACCCCCCGUUCGUCUGUCUAUCUCAGCUCGAUCUAAAUUUGGAAAGUGAAAAGACAAAAAUGAAGUUAACAAUCUAGAAGCAGUUGAGUUAUUUUAAGUCGGGAAGAUGGGGUUUAAUCCCUCUGUGUCAUAUUGCCGUCCUGUGCCAAAUGGGGUAUGGGAAACAGCUCUGGAAAAUGAAUUUGGGACUUAUACACCCUGUGCAACAGACUCUUUGGUCACUGGCAUUUCCCAUUUGGUCCUUUUGGGGACUUGCUUAUACCGGAUAUGGGUCACAAAGAAGAAUUUGAAAGUGCAAAGGUUCAAAUUGAGGUCAAAAAUCUACAAUUAUUGGUUGGGGUUAUUGGCUUUAUACUCUACUGCUGAGCCUUUGUUCAGAUUGAUAAUGGGCGUUUCGGCAUUUAAUGUUGAUGGAGAGACUGGUCUUGCUCCAUACGAGAUUGUUACCUUAGUUAUUAAGGCUCUUGCAUGGUGCUGUAUGUUUGUCGUGAUCGGCCUUGAAACGAUGGUUUAUGUUUGUGAAGUUCGUUGGUUUGUGAGGUUCGGUGUCCUCUAUGUUUUGCUCGGGGAUGCCGUGUUGUUCAAUCUUGUGCUUUCCGUGAGCAGUUAUUACAGCAGAUAUGUACUGUAUAUCUAUGCCAGUGAAGUCGUCAUCCAGGUUCUGUUUGGGGUAUGCUUGAUUGUCUAUCUUCCUAAAUUGGAUCCUUAUCCUGGUUAUACCCCAAUACGGACAGAGUCUCUGGACGAUGCUGAAUAUGAAGAACUUGCUGGUGGAGAGCAAAUUUGUCCUGAGAGGCACACCAACAUUAUUUCUAAUAUCUUCUUUGCUUGGAUGGAUCCACUCAUGAGUUUAGGUUACAAAAGACCUCUCACAGAGAAGGAUAUAUGGAAACUGGACACUUGGGAUCAGACAGAAACGCUAAAUAGCAGAUUUGAAAAAUGUUGGGCAGAAGAGUGCCGCAAACCUAAACCAUGGCUUGUAAGGGCUUUACAUCGUAGUCUUGGUGGAAGGUUUUGGUGGGGAGGCUUUUGGAAGAUUGGCAAUGAUCUUUCUCAGUUUGUUGGGCCACUGAUUCUGAACCAGUUAUUAUUGUCUAUGCAAGAACGCGGUCCAGCUCAGAUCGGUUACAUCUAUGCUUUCACAAUUUUCGUUGGAGUGGUACUUGGUGUGCUGUGUGAGGCUCAGUACUUUCAGAAUGUCAUGCGUGUUGGUUACCGUCUUCGUUCAACUCUGAUUGCUGCAGUUUUUCGGAAGACUUUAAGGCUAACCAAUGAGAGUCGCAGAAAGAUUGCAUCCGGGAAGAUAACCAACUUGAUGACAACUGACUCUGAAUCACUCCAGCAAGUAUGCCAGUCACUUCACACUUUGUGGUCUGCCCCUUUCCGUAUCAUUCUCGCUUUGAUUCUUCUUUACCAACAACUGGGUGUUGCUUCGCUCCUUGGUGCAUUAUUGCUAGUUCUCAUGUUCCCCAUACAGACAUUUGUUAUCAGUAGAAUGCAAAAAAUGUCCAAGGAAGGACUGCAGCGGACUGACAAGCGAAUUGGCCUCAUGAAUGAAAUCCUAGCAGCCAUGGACACUGUGAAAUGCUAUGCUUGGGAGAAUAGUUUCCAAGAAAAGGUCCAAAGUGUCCGAACAGAGGAGUUGUCGUGGUUUCGGAAAGUGCAAAUGCUAGGAUCGCUGAACACUUUUAUACUAAAUAGUAUUCCAGUGGUUGUGAUUGUGGUCUCGUUUGGAAUGUUUACAUUACUCGGAGGAGACCUGACACCUGCCAGAGCCUUCACAUCACUUUCUUUGUUUGCUGUACUACGUUUUCCACUGUUCAUGCUCCCGAAUAUGAUAACCCAGGUCGUAAAUGCCAAUGUGUCCUUGAAACGUCUGGAAGACCUACUGUUAGCCGAGGAGAGACUUCUUCUUCCAAAUCCACCUCUUGAAGCAGGACUUCCAGCUAUCUCAAUUAGGAAUGGAUUCUUUUCAUGGGAUUCAAAGUCAGAUAGACCCGUAUUAUCAAAUAUCAAUUUAGAUAUACCAAUUGGUAGCCUCGUAGCAAUUGUUGGAAGUACAGGGGAGGGGAAGACAUCGCUCAUAUCUGCUAUGCUUGGAGAACUUCCUCCAGUUAGUGAUGCACAUGUUAUUAUGAGAGGAACAGUUGCUUAUGUCCCACAAGUGUCAUGGAUUUUCAACGCAACUGUACGUGACAACAUAUUGUUCGGAUCCGUCUUUGAAUCUGCAAGGUAUGAGAAGACACUUGAUGUAACUGCAUUGCACCAUGACCUUGACGUGCUUCCAGGUGGUGAUCUUACCGAGAUUGGUGAAAGAGGGGUCAAUAUUAGUGGAGGACAAAAGCAAAGAGUUUCCAUGGCUAGAGCUGUAUACUCUAAGUCUGACGUUUAUGUGUUUGAUGAUCCUUUGAGUGCUCUAGAUGCUCAUGUGGGUCGACAGGUCUUUGAGAAAUGUAUUAAAGAAGAAUUAAGAGGCAAAACACGUGUUCUAGUUACAAACCAACUACAUUUUCUUUCACAAGUGGAUAGGAUCCUCUUGGUCCAUGAAGGCAUGGUGAAAGAGGAGGGAUCCUAUGAAGAACUCUCAGAGAAUGGUGUACUCUUCCAGAAGUUGAUGGAGAAUGCAGGAAAAAUGGAAGAAUAUGUGGAGGAAAAAGAAGAGGCAGGAGAGGCUGAUACAAAGACAUCAAUACCUGUGACUAAUGGUGUAGCUGGUGAGUUAGCUAAAGAUGCUGACAAAAAGAAAGGACCCAAAUCUGUUCUUAUUAAGCAAGAAGAACGGGAGACGGGUGUUGUCAGCUUUAAUGUUUUGAAGAGGUAUAAAGAUGCAUUAGGAGGCUGGUGGGUUGUGGUUAUAUUGUUCGGGUGCUAUGCUUCAACAGAAACUUUAAGAAUACUGAGUAGCACGUGGUUAAGUAUUUGGACAGACGAAAGCUCCCCGAAGACCCACAGCCCAUUAUUCUAUAAUCUUAUAUAUGCACUUCUAUCACUCGGUCAAGUUUUGGUGACAUUGGCAAAUUCUUUUUGGUUGAUCAUAACAAGCCUUAUUGCUGCUCGGAAGUUGCACAAUGCUAUGCUUAACUCCAUAUUGAGAGCUCCUAUGGUCUUUUUCCACACGAAUCCCCUUGGACGUAUCAUUAAUAGAUUUGCAAAAGAUCUUGGUGACAUAGAUCGGAAUGUUGCCCCAUUUGUGAACAUGUUUCUGGGUCAAGUGUCGCAGCUCUUGUCAACCUUUGUUCUAAUAGGAUUAUUGAGCACCAUGUCUCUUUGGGCUAUCUUGCCACUUCUGUUGCUGUUCUAUGCAGCUUAUCUGUAUUAUCAGAGCACUGCCCGUGAGGUAAAGCGAUUGGAUUCCAUCACAAGAUCUCCUGUGUAUGCACAAUUUGGGGAAGCACUGAAUGGUUUAUCUACCAUUCGUGCAUAUAAAGCUUAUGAUCGAAUGUCGAAGAUUAAUGGGAAUUCCAUGGACAAUAAUAUCAGGUAUACAUUAGUGAACAUGAGUGCAAACCGUUGGCUUGCAAUCCGGUUGGAAACCGUUGGUGGGCUCAUGAUUUGGUUGACUGCAACCUUUGCUGUUAUGCAAAAUGGCAAGGCAAGAAAUCAAGAAGCUUUUGCAUCUACCAUGGGUCUUCUUCUAAGUUAUGCAUUAAAUAUCACAUCCUUAUUAACCGCUGUUCUUAGGCUUGCAAGUCUAGCCGAGAAUAGCUUGAAUGCUGUGGAGCGUGUUGGUACUUAUAUUGAAUUGCCUUCUGAGGCUCCUCCUGUUAUUGAAGACAAUCGCCCUCCACCUGGAUGGCCUACAUCGGGAUCGAUCAAAUUUGAAAAUGUUGUUUUACGCUAUAGGCCUGAACUUCCUCCUGUACUGCAUGGUUUGUCUUUCACAAUUCCCCCAACCGACAAGGUUGGAAUAGUUGGAAGGACCGGAGCAGGCAAAUCCAGCAUGCUCAAUGCUUUAUUUCGUAUCGUGGAACUGGAAAGAGGAAAUAUUAUAAUCGAUAACUGUGAUAUUGCGAAGUUUGGGUUGACCGAUCUUCGCAAGGUUCUUGGUAUUAUACCCCAAGCACCUGUUCUUUUCUCAGGGACUGUAAGAUUUAACCUUGACCCCUUCAAUGAGCACAAUGAUCCUGAUCUUUGGGAAUCUUUAGAGAGAGCCCAUCUAAAGGAUGUCAUCAGGAGGAAUCCAUUGGGUUUAGAUGCCGAGGUAUCAGAGGCCGGAGAGAACUUCAGUGUUGGACAACGACAGCUAUUAAGUCUUUCGCGUGCAUUGCUCCGGAGAUCGAAGAUUCUUGUUCUUGAUGAAGCAACUGCUGCUGUUGAUGUUAGAACAGAUGCACUUAUCCAAAAGACCAUUCGCGAAGAAUUCAAAUCGUGUACUAUGAUCAUCAUUGCUCAUCGUCUAAAUACCAUCAUCGAUUGUGACCGUAUUCUUCUCCUUGAUGCUGGUCAGGUUGUUGAGUAUGAUGCACCAGUAAAACUUUUGGAAGACGAACAAACUGCUUUCUCGAAAAUGGUUCAAAGUACAGGAGCUGCAAAUGCAGAGUAUUUGCGUAGCUUAGCAUUUGGAGCGGAAGGAGAUAAGGCGGAGAAGGCAGCAAUAGAUGGACAGAGGAGAUGGCUUGCCUCUUCACGGUGGGCGGCUGCCGCCCAGUUUGCUCUUGCCGCUAGCCUCACUUCAUCGCAAAACGACCUUGUUCACAUGGAAUUUGAAGAUGAUAACAAUAUCCUUAAGAAAACAAAGGAUGCGGUUGUAACUCUCCAAGGUGUUUUGAAAGGGGAGCAUGACAAAGAUAUUGAAGAGACGCUUGAUCGAUCCCACGUCCCAAGGGAGAGAUGGUGGUCGGCUCUUUACAAAGUAGUCGAAGGUCUUUCGAUGAUGAGUAAGUUGGGUCGUAACAAGCUCCACCAAUCUGAAUACGACUUAAAAGACGAACAGAUUGAUUGGGACCAUGUUCAGAUGUAGGACUCGAAUCAAGAUCCAUGUUAAACUUGGAAUUAAUGUAAUUUUGAUUACUGCUAUUUUCGUAUAUUUUUUGUUAAUUAGAUUUUAAGUUCAAAUAAUUUACACCAAAGGUGGAUUUUUUGUGUAUUUAAACUUGAUAUUUCUAGCAAAGAAAUUGGUUGACUUGUUGCUCUUUUGACCCAUAAACGAUGACCGAAUUAUUCAAUUCGUCGAUUGAUUUUGA